GCACGAUAUACAUCGACGUAGAACAACAGGAUCCAUUCAUUAUUGAGCCAGAGACAAUGACAACAGAGCUCGCCGUAGAACCACCGGUGUAUGUUGAGACGGUGCCGCCACCUGUACAUGUGAAGCCAGAUCAGCGAGAGAACGCAAUCCCUGAUGAGUCAUCGAUGCCAUCAUCGCAGCGGCCCGCGACCCCGCGGCAGGAGGAUCGGUUUGACGACGUUGUCGUGACGACGAGGCCGCCAUCGCGCGGCGACUCGGGCGGUCAGACAGACGAGCGGCAGAUCGUGCAGACGUCCAGUCUGUUGGCGCCGGGGAUACUAGCCGGUGAGUACGACCCGGGUGCAGGAGCUACGCGCCUAACUGUAUUCUUCUUCUUCUUCUUCUUUGUCGUAGUCUCUCGCGGAUGGUCCAUGCUGAGACGUCA